AUGAGUAGAGACAUCGACAACAUGGGAAUUUCUGGAAUUAUAAAGAGAAUAAAGGAUAGAGUGGGUGAUUCGAAAGUUUAUAUUACGGUGGAUAUUGACUCUCUCGACCCAGGUUCUGCACCAGGUACUGGUACUGUUGAACCUGGCGGGUUUAGCAGCAGAGAAUUGUUAACAAUUUUGGAUGGAUUAGAGGGUCUAGAAGUUAUUGGAGGUGAUGUGGUUGAAGUCUCGCCGCCGUACGAUACCAACGAAAUAACUACAAUGGUUGCAAGCGAGGUGGCAAGAAGCUUACUAGGGCUUAUGGUGAUUACUCCAACUCAGUAA